CUUCAGCCGUCUUCGCCUGCAGAGCAACAAUCGCAGCCGUUUGUGAAGCAAAGCAGCAGCGUCAAUUGCUUCGCGCGCCGGGGCGAGUGACGACAACGCGGACCCUUUGCUUGUGAGUCCGUGCCAGCACACCCAGACUGCCUUGCUUGCUCGGCCGGCGAGUCCGAGUGUGUCUUGUUCGUCCGCCACCACGUUGCGGCGUCGACAGCGUCGUGCCCUCGCCCCUCCCCGCGGGAGCACGAACAAUUCCUCCGCGACCGCCGAUAUGCCGCUCAAAGAAGCGGAGAAGGAGGCCGUGCAGCGCAAGAUACUCAACUCGGCCCUCCCAGACAGCCACCUCCACGUCAAGUUCCUCAACGAGAACGAGACCCACUACCUCACACUCAAGAUCUUCCUCGAGGACAAGGACGAGAAACGCUUCCUCCAGUAUGUCGAGACCCAACUCAGACCCGAAAAAGCGCCAGGUGCGGGGCGCAGAAGAAUGGACACCGACUGAGCUGACACACGGAGGGAGGGAGGGAGGCGGGCGCAAUGGUUGAUGGGAUGGGUGGGCGGCAGGAGGCAAUUGCUGUGGUGUGGUGUGGUGUGGUGUGCUCUGUGUGUGUGGUUGCGUUGCAGGUGCGCUUGACAUCAACGCGCAGACUUCAUCGCGCACCCGCAAGCUGCGGUCCUUCACGCCCGUGGAGCAAGACAGCAGACUUGCACAGGUCGGUUGGUCAGACAGGCAAGACACACACACGAGAUCUGAUCGAUCACGCGAUUGUGUUUCUUUCCUGUGCAGGUGUUGGAGAACUCAGAGGCGUUCACCAAGGAGGCAUGGGCCAAUUUUUUGGUCAGCAUCGAUCGAUGGCACGCCACGCGAGCUGCGGCCAUCUCUGGCCACCAUUCGCGUGGUGUCGUGUCCUGUGUGUGUUGUGACACUGAUUGAUUUGAUUGCAGAAGUUCGACAAGAACCAGGACAAGUGCCUCGACCUGCAGGAGGUCAAGCAGCUGGUGCAAAGACUGUGCCACAACUUCAACGUCACCAUCGACCUGCAAGACGGUACACGAGUCCACACACACCGCGGCGGAAUGGCUGAGGCACCAACGCGCGCUUCUGUGCUCUCUCUGUGCUCAUCUCUCCCAUCAGAGAAUGCUCUCUGGCAGAGGAUGCAGCACUUCGACCGUUCGGGGGACGGCAAACUGCAGUUCCAAGAGUUCGUCGAAAUGGUGACCUGACCACGAUCGACCGGCCAGACAGCGCAAAAGACGUAGCAGCACAUUCACCUGCCUCCAUGCAUGUGUUUGUGUGUCUUUCGUGGCUUAGUUCCGUGAGUUGGUCCGUGAGGUGGGUGAGGCGCUGGAGCGCAGCAAGCAGCGGGUGCCGGAGCUCAACUCGUCAUCGUCGUCUGGCUCCACCCACUACCCCAACUCCAGACGGCAGGACGGCAGCGCUGCCGGCGGGUCCUCGCCAAACGCCUCCAUGAUGAACGGCUUCCCCGGCAAGAAACGCUCGGGGCUCGGCGGCAUGAGGAGCGUCCCCAUCGUGCAGCUGCAAAACAGACGGAUCGAAGGUGCGCGGCGUGUCGGGGGGCGUGGGAGAGAGUAUCGGUGGAUUAAGAAGCGGUUUGUUCUGUUGUCUGUGUCUGUGUCUGUAUGUGUAGAGUAUUAUGAGAUAGAGGACGAGGUCGGUCACGGCAAGUUCGGGAGGGUAUUUGCAGCCAGACAAAAGAGGUGAGACCGAUAGAGAGCGAGAGACCACACGACAUACACUCUCGUCAUGUAUACUGGCUGGCUGUGUGCGUGUGUUGGAUUGGAUUGUCAGUUCGGGUGCGCUUCACAUCUGUAAGGUGAUCGUCAAGAAGACCAACGACGUGUCCAUCGCCGAUAUGGAGCACCUGAUACAGGUGCGUACUUGACCUCCGCAGAAACACGCCCACCACUCGUGCGCACCAUAUUGUGUGUAUGGAAAAUUGGUCAGGUUGAGGUGGAGAUCAUGCGUUCGUUGGACCACCCCCACAUUAUCAAGGUCCUCCAGGUCUUCGAAAACGAAACAUACGCCUACAUCAUCAUGGAGUAAGCGGAGCCAGCCGAGACAACCACCAGCACACGCACUCACGGGCGACCAUCGUGUGUGUGUAUGAUAGGACGUGUGAGGGCGAGACGUUGCUGCGAGCGACGUGGCAUCGUCUGUUCAAGGAGAAGCGCAUCUGCCCCUUCUCUGAGGACGAGGCCUCCCGCAUCAUCGGCCAGCUGCUCAGCGCACUCGCACACGCCCACCACAACAGAGUCGUCCACAAGUGAGUGAGGAUGACGAUGACAACCGACACACAAAGUGAAGUGAACCCGCGCAGCGCACCAUGGCACCAUGGCUGGCCUGGCUCGCUGGUUGUCUGUCUGCAGGGACGUGAAGCCCGAGAACAUCAUCUUUGUGCAGAAGGACUACGGCGAGGUGCAGAAAGACUUCGCCUCGCCCAUCAAACUCAUCGACUUCGGUAAGUACACAUCCCCCCUGCACACAGACAGGGAGAACGAAGGCAGAUCACUAACUUGUGUCCAUCCAUCCACUGCGUGUGUCGUCAUUCAUUGUCUCUGUCAGGGUUGGCCGAGCGCAUCCCGCCCGACCGCAGUCACUGCCGCAAGCGGGGCGGCACUCUGCAGUACUUCCCUCCUGAGGUCUUCGGCGAAAAGUCUAGACUCGACUUCAAAUGCGACGUCUGGUUAGCAGAGGAGAGCGAGCGACACACCUUCAUAGCUAUGGUGGAGAGGGGGAGAGAUCUGUUUUGUUUGUGGUGUGGAUGUUCUCAGGGCUGCUGGUGUGGUCUUGUACAUUUUGUUGACCGGUGCGAUGCCGUUCGUGCCGGUCAAGCCCAAGAAUGACCACGAGACGCAGCAACUCAUACGCGACAUCACCGAAGGUACGUCCCGGGCCGCGCCCUGUCCACGAAAGACAGACUGACCCUCAUCGACUGGUGUCCGAUUUGUGUGUCUGUGUGCGUGUGUGUUUGUGUGUGUGCAGGCACCCCAGACGCGCUGAAGCCGAGCCCGCGCAACCUGACGUGGCUGAGUGCCGACGCCAUCGACCUCCUUAAGAGGAUGCUCAACAAAGACCCCUCAGAGAGGCCACACGCCACUGAGGUACACACGCACACACUGACACACAGACACUGACCGACAAGACACAAAGGGAUACGCCAACGGACACACCAAUCGUCAUGCACGCUGCUUGUGUGUGUGUGUGUGUGGUGUUGAUGAUCAGCUGCUGUCCCACCCGUGGCUGCGUCGGGUUCGUCAGAAGCAUGACGAGGCCUCCCCAGCCAUCACGCCAGAGCUGCUCGCCAGGAUGAGGGUCAGUCAGUCGAGUGCAAAGCCAACCACGUCAAUCACCCACACUCAUCAUUCCCCCUCUGUGUGUGUGUGUAUGUUUUCUUCAGGCGUACACGCGCGACUCGGAGCUCAGAAAGGCCCUCAAAUACCUCAUCGUACGGCAAACCGAUCCAACCAACGUCCCUCACACAGCCGUCUUGUCUUGGACACGUCCGUGGGAUGUUUGUUGUGUUAUGGUGUGUGUUGUGUUGCGUUGGUUGCCAGGCGCACAGUUUGGACCUGAAGCUGCCGGUGGUGCAGGAGAUCUGGCGGGCCUUCGACCAGGUCGACAGAGGCGUCCCGGACGGGGCACUUUCUGUCAGGGAGCUCUCUACCGGUGAGUAAAGCAAGCCGUCUGCCGAUGUGCCAUUCAUUCCAUCCACCCCUCCAUCUGUCCAUCUGUAUGUGUGUGGACGAUGUGUGCAGCGCUGCGUCAGGCUGGUGCGCCCGAGACUGAGAUCCAUCAGAUCAUCGAGGCCCUCGACGUCACCAAGGACAACAGCGUGGAGUUCACAGGUCAGACAACUGCUACGACAGCACAGCCACACGCACCGCCACAGGCAGCAGCCUGAACAUGCUCUGCUCUGUUGUGGUUGAUGCACCUCAUCAGAGUUCCUGGCUGCGUGUUUGCCGUGGCGCCGUGAGUCGAUGGAGGAGCUCAAGGCCGAGGUCAUGUCGGCCUUCUACACACUCGACACGGUUGGUGUGGAGGGGGGGAGGGAGGGAGGGAGGGAGGGAAGGAGAGAUUGAGGGGCGGGUGGGUGGCUGCACACGACGGUCACCCAAGUGUGUCCCUCUGUGUGUGUGUGUGUGUAUGUGUGUGUAUGUGUGUGUGUGUGUGCAGGAUGGUGACCAGCAGGUCACCCGGGAUGAGUUUGCCCUGGGGCUCUUCAAAUGUGAGCUGGGACACCAACACACACACUGAUCCCUCCCUCAUCUGUCUGUGUUGGUCGGUCGGUUGUGUGUGUGUGUGUGUGUGGUUGGUUGUCGCAGGUCACUACAUGAGUUUGCACCCCCGUCAGAAGUACCUCAUCGGUCUGAUCGAUAAGGAUGGCGACCACGUCAUCCAGGCGGCCGAGUACUGGGCGUACGUCGACAGACUGUGCAGAGAGCUCAGCGAAAACGCCAUCGACGACACGCAGAUCGUACAGUGACUGACUCACUCACUGACUGACUGAGUCACUCACUGAAUGAGCGACGGAGAGAGGGCGGGAGGGAGGGGUGGUGAGUGAGUGAGUGGGUGAGUGUAACACACUCACCCAGCUUCCCACACACGCACCCAUCACCGAUUUGUUGCUGUGUAUCGCAUUUGCUUUCCGGUGGGCUCGAUGGACCGAUGGAUGGAUGGAUGGACGGAUGGAUGGUUUUCUCAACUCACUGCCUAUACCCUUCCUGUCCCAUGUCUGUCAUGUGUGCGUCCUGUCCUCUUCUGAGCCAACGAGUGGAUGGAGUGCAUCUGAGAGAGAGAGAGAGAGAGAGAGAGAGAGAGAGCGACACAGAGAGUGCCGUACCAGUCAACGCUUUUUGUGAAUCAGGGAGAGAGGGAGAGAGGGAGGGAUACAUCUAAGCAGAGAGAGAGAGAGAGAGGGAGAGCGGGAGAAGGGCCGCUGUCUCUCUAUCUACUGUGUCCGGCUAUGCUAUGCGGCUUGUGAAGUGUAGAGUACACGCACGACUGAGGGAGGGAGGCAGGGAGGGGGGUGUCGGUAAUACAGACAGACAGGACAGCCGCCACCAGCACACAGCGGUGCGUCGUGGGCGUGGCGUGUGGGAGUGGGGGGUGAGGUGAGCCAUCAGGUCGGUAGGGUAGGUAGCGAAUUAGUCGGUGUGCACUUUUUGCAGGCGGGGCCAUCUUAUCCGAGUGAAUGAAUGAUUGUUCAGUGUGUCUUGUAACUAAGAGUGAGUCACUGACUAACUAACUAAGUAACGUAGCCAACUACCUCCGUGACUCCCUACCUGCUGCCUGUCUGUCUGUCUGCCCGCCUGCCUGCCUAACGAGAGAAGGAACGGUCCGAGCCCUAGGGCCGUCGUUCCUUCUCCUCUUGCUGGUGGAUGGAUGGAUGAUACUUGUACGGACCCACCGACACAGACCAUCUCACUCACGUACCGUACCUGGCUCCUUCCUUCCCUCUCAUGCUGGCUGGCUGGCUGGCUGGAUGGAUGGGUGGGUGGGUGGGUGGAAGGUUGGAAGGUUUUUUCUUCUUCAUCGCAUCGCUGCUGGCUGCCGAGCACACACGUCAGUGGGUGCAUUUCUCUCACCCACACGCUGAUCCGAUCCAACCACUGCCUUCAAGCCACCCAUCCACAUGCACCCAUCGCAUACAUUUCCCUCCCUCCCUCUCCCUCCCUCGUUCGCUCAUCCUGCCUGCCUGCGUGCUCGUGGUUUGUCCACCUGCCCGGCUGCCUGGCUGCCUGUCAUUGAUUCACUGAUGCUGAAUGGAUGGAUGGAUGGAGUAUUGAGAGGUUUUGCGUUUGCCCCCUUGCGCCGUCUGGUUUCCUUCGUUCUGGUGAAUGAAUCAAUUCGCUCAAGUUAUCUAUCUAUCUCUUCCCGUCUGCCGUCUUCUAGCUGGCCAAUCAGAGUUUUUGGUCAUCGCUCUUUUAUUUCGGCCUGCCUUGCCUCCCUCCCCUGUGUGUCACGUCCGUCUAUGCGUGUCUGUCUGUCUGUCUGUGUUUGGGGUCGUCACAAGUGCGUGACUGACUUGACUGACUGCAUCUUGAAUGUCCCAUUUCCUUCAUCCAUCUAUCCAUCCAUCCCUCGGUCCAUCGAGUCGAGUGAGAGUGUAGGUAGACACACGACACGACCCCGCCCCCCGUCUGUGCGUCCGUCCUUUCGUGGCCAUGUGGUGCUCUUUUUCAGUCGUGCCGACCACUGCUUUCUCUGUCGUCUCUCUGUCUGGUGCGGCAUGGCUGGCGCGACACAUGCAAUGCACGGAUGACACCCUCGCACGCCGCUUUCCUCUGUCCAGUCGGGCUCUUUGUGCCCCCCCACCCCAACUCCCGCUCUGCUCUUGCCUUCCUUCCUCGCUCUCUCACCCCGCCCCGCCCCUCUCUCCUCUAAAGAGCUCUCCCUCCUAUCGCACGGAUGGACAGACACCUCGAUCGCAUACACAUAGACAGACAGACAUAGAGGUAAUGUGUCCAUUACGUCUGUGUACUGAAUGACUGAUAUCGUGUCGUGCCUACUUGGGUGUGUGGGUCUUUAAUCAAGGGCUCCCUCUCCGCCCGCCUGGAUGCCCUCCUGACUCUCUGCCUGCCUAUCAGUCUAUCGUGUGUGUGUGUGUGUGUGACCUGUGUGUGUGUGACCUGUGCGUGUGACUGAUGCUCACAUGCGUGAUGUCGUGCGUGUGUGUGCGUCUGUGUGUGGAUCGGAUGGAUGCGUGUGGCGUGUUCGUACCUACCUACCUACCUGCCGAGUGAGUGAGUGAGUCUUUUUGCACCUUGAGGCCAUCCAUCCAUCAUCCUUUUCUCCUCCUAUACAUUCUAAGUACCCUGCCGUACUCCACCCACCGGUGUGCCUCUCCCCACCAGGCACACCCCGAUCGGGCAACUGACAGGCAACUGGGCGAUUGAGUGGAUGAGUGAAUGUCUGUCUACAGUGUGCU